AUGACCGUUUUUUCUUUUACGUUGGAAAAAUCCUUUAUGGAUCCCCUGCCCCCGAUCGAGGAACUGGCGAGGUGUCUCGGUCAGAAUCGGGUCUCCGACGACAUCGGCUACGUGAUAUACUCUGCGCUGGGCAGCUUCUACAUACCGUCCUGCAUCAUGGUCUUCGUGUAUAUCAGGAUAUACUACGCGGCGAAGGCGCGUGCGCGGCGUGGCAUCAGGAAAAACCCCAGGCCCAGACAAAACGAACAGCAGACGAGCUUCUCCAACCCACCCAAGGGCACACGGCCCAUGCCCACGUCAUCAUCACUACACAUGCCUUCAGGAGUCGAUCCUAGCAACUCAAAUAAUAACAGGGAGAGCCAGAUAUCGACGAUAGAGACGCAGCAAGUGGCGAUACCAACGGUGACGUGCGACUUCGCUUCGGACAUUUCGACUAGCGAAGCAGGCGACACCGGCCCACAGCCGCCAGACGAUAGGAAAGACACGCUCAAGGUGGUGACCUGCGCCCAAGUGACGAGGAACCCCCUCGCUACGUGCCCCUACAGGAGUUCCACGUUGUCAGUCAACGGGGAACUGCAGCUGCAGCAAUCCCAGCGCUGCAGAGCGCCGAGCGUCGCGAUCGACACGGACAUGGUCUCCGAGCUGGAGCCAUCAUCCUCCGACUCUGGCGUGGCGACGCGCUGCGCAGUGGUGAAACCGCUGAAACUCAGAAUAUGCCAGCCGAUUUUCGGAAAGAAAUCCGACUCGGCUAGAAGACAGGAGAAGUCGCAGCCUUCGAAGUCUGAGCUAGAACCGGCACUACCGAAGCAGCACAAGCCAAGAGACCCUGAGAGGGAGAAGAGAAGACUGGCUAGGAAAAAGGAGAAGCGGGCGACGCUGAUACUCGGCCUGAUAAUGGGCAGUUUCAUCGCGUGCUGGCUCCCCUUCUUCUUCCUCUACAUCCUCAAAGCUGCUUGCCGGUGGUGCGUGAUACCGUCUAGCGCGUUCGCGAUCGCCUUCUGGCUGGGCUACAUGAACUCGGUGCUGAACCCGGUGAUAUACACGAUAUUCAAUAAGGAUUUCAGGAGGGCGUUCCGAAGGAUACUGUUCAAG